AUGAAGUGUAUCUUCUUGGUUCUCCUUGUCCUUUCCGUCCUGUCUUCUGAAUUCGAAGCUUUGUCUCCGUCGGAUCUUCAACUCCAGAAUACACUUUUCAAACCGUCAUCGGUUGUCUUCCGUGCGAAAUGCAAAAUGAUGUGCUCACAAAUGUGCUCUCCUGUUUUGGGAGUCUGUGAUCGGUACAACAAAUGUGUUUGUCUCAACAACUACCUGGGUGAUCAAUAUUUAUGUCUAGAGCAAGUAAAAGAAGAAGGAAAGGUUCCACCGUCCAUUCCACCACCUCCGCCACCUCCGCCAGCACAAGAUAAGAAUGAUGCUCCACCAGCACCUCCGCUUCCUCCGACUACAUCAUCUUCUGCUCCUGAUGCAGCGUCAUCAACAAAAAACUCAAACGCACUAGUUCCAACAGUACCACAAAAUCCUGUUUUUGAAAUUGAUCCGUUUGAAAUAGAGAGAAACGAAGAGGCACUCGCUAUUGAAGAAUUAUUUGGCGCUUAUGAUCAGGAAGAAGAAAGAAAACGUGCGAAAAUGAUUCGAACAGUUAUUGGAAUAAUCAACUGUGUUAUUGCUUUUGGUAUCAUUAUGUGGAUUCUCACGUUGUACUCCGGACUACAUGUACUUGAUAUAGGAUUUAUCGAUAGUCUUUUCAUGAAGUAA